UGAGGGGGGGGGGGCAAAAUACUUGUGGCCUAAAUGUAAGAUUCAAAACUCUUGUGGCCUAAGUGUAAGAUUCAAAUAACUUUGGGGGGGCAAAAUACUAAUCGCCUAUCGCCAUAACCGCCCUUCAAUUUAGUACUCGCUCUGUUCCCGCCACCGCGGCGGCGCUCAAUUGCUCCCACAAUCGCCACCGCAACCACCGCGCAGGGCCACCGUGGUCCGGCUUAGAACUCCCAUAGAAAUGGUUCAGUUUCACGAGCACAUAAUAACGGAACUCAUCGACGACCAAAACGGCGGUUUAGUAGUCCUCUCCGCCGGCCUCGGCCUCCACAAACUAAUUUCCUCGCUCCUCCUCCUCCAUCACUCCUCACAGGGCUCCCUCCUCAUCCUUUCCGCCUCUCCUUCCCAGAAGCAAUCCAUUGUUCAGAAUCUCGAGAUCUCCCUCCAACAUGAAGGAUCCAUUGCCAGCACGAGCGGAGCUCCCAAUUUCCCAUCGGAGAUUACUUCAGAGCUCCCCGCGCACCACCGCCUGUCGCUCUAUACUUCCGGCGGAAUCUUCUUCAUCACUGCGCGUAUUCUCAUAGUUGACCUCCUCACUCACCGCUUACCCACUACAUCCCUAGCCGGAAUCAUCAUCCUCAACGCCCAUUCAAUUUCAGAUAUCUCCACCGAGGCGUUUAUUGUUCGGAUCAUCCGUUCGACCAACAAGUCGCUCUAUAUUAGGGCAUUUUCUGACCGCCCUCAUGCCAUGGUCUCCGGCUUCGCAAAGGCUGAGCGAACAUUAAAAUGCCUUUUCAUAAAAAAGCUUCAUCUUUGGCCUCGCUUCCAGGUAUAUGUUUCACAGGAUUUGGAGAGGGAUCCUCCGGAGGUUGUUGACAUUAGAGUUCCGAUGUCCCCGUACAUGGUUGGCAUUCAAAAGGCAGUGCUUGAGGUUAUGGAUGCUUGCUUAAAAGAAAUGAGAAAGACUAAUAAAGUUGAUGUGGAAGACUUGACUGUGGAGAAUGGGCUCUUUAAAUCAUUUGAUGAGAUACUGAGAAGGCAGUUGGACCCUAUUUGGCACACGCUAGGGAAGACCACAAAACAACUUGUUUCAGAUUUGAAGACUUUGAGAAAGUUGUUGGAUUACCUCGUUAGGUAUGAUGCUGUAACUUAUUUGAAGUAUCUGGACUCACUCAGAGCCUCGGAGAGUUUCCGAUCAGUUUGGAUAUUUGCAGAGUCUAGCUACAAGAUAUUUGAGUAUGCUAAGAAGCGAGUUUAUCAUUUUGGGAGGUCAGAUAGCGGACAAAUGGCAGGGAAGAGUAAGAGUACUGCAGCUAGAAAGAGAAAAACUGGUGAUGACAAGGACGAAGAUUCAUCAGCAAGUACAAGUAACAGAGUAUUUUUGCAGGAAGUCUUAGAGGAGGAACCAAAAUGGAAGGUUUUACGUGAUGUUCUAUUAGAGGUACAAGAGGAAAGAGAAAAGAAAGCUACUUGUAGUGGAGAUGAAAUAGCUGCUCAAGAUGAAGAGAUUGACAAUAGCAUUGUUUUAGUGGCUUGUAGAGAUGAGCACUCAUGUGUGCUGCUUGAGAGCUGCAUCACAAACUGCCCUCAAAAGGCCAUGCGAGAACAGUGGGAAAAGUAUCUGCUUAGCAAGGUAGAGCUGCAGGCUUUACCAAAACAUACCAAAAAGAAACCAAAACAAUCCAAGGGUUUUGGGGUGCUUGACGGAGUUGUCCAAGUUGCACCUGUGCAAAAGGCAGAAUUCAGUACUGUAUGCAAACAGGAAAAUGAUGCCUUACUAGAAAUGGCAUCAGAAAUUAGUAAGAAAGCCAAUAAAGCUCUUGAAGAAAGUGCUCCAACACCCAUGGAAAGGGGAAAGGGAAAAGGAAAGCAGAAGAAGAUAGAAACCGGUCAUAGAAGUUCCUGCGUGAAUGAAGAACGGUUGAAUGAUGCAUCAGUUAAUGAAAUAUUGCUUCAAAAGGAAGGGAAACCUGCAGAUGCCGAAUCUUUAAACAAAACCAAACGGCUUCCACCUUUGCACUUUCAUGCCCUGGAGAGUAAUCAGCAUAUACUUGACAUCUUGAAGCCUUCUGUCAUUAUCGUAUACCACCCCGAGAUUUCAUUCGUGAGAGAGAUUGAAAUUUAUAAAGCCGAAAACCCAUCAAUGAAAGUGAAAGUAUACUUUCUUUUCUAUGAAAGUUCUACCGAGGCCCAAAAGUUUGAGGCAAGUGUACGGAGAGAAAAUGCUGCAUUUGAAUCUUUGAUAAGGCAGAAAUCAAUAAUGAUGAUCCCGGUUGAUCAGGACAUGCAUUGUACUGGACUAGAAUCUUCAGCUGACGGACAGUCUAUUCUUUCUCAGAAUCUGAUAACCAGAAAAGCCGGUGGUAGAAAGGAGGCACAGAAGGAAAUGCAAGUGAUUGUGGACAUGAGAGAGUUCAUGAGCAGUCUACCCAAUGUUCUCCACCAGAAAGGAAUGCGCAUUAUACCGGUGACCUUGGAAGUUGGAGACUAUAUACUUUCUCCACUGAUUUGUGUAGAAAGAAAGAGUAUACAGGACCUCUUUGGCAGUUUCGCAUCUGGUCGCCUUUUCCACCAGGUGGAGAUGAUGUUGCGAUAUUACCGGAUUCCUGUUCUUCUCAUUGAGUUUUCACAAGACAAGAGCUUUUCAUUUCAGUCUGCUGGGGAAAUCGGUGAUGACGUGACGCCAAACAGCAUUAUAUCAAAGCUAUCUUUGCUUGUUCUCCAUUUUCCACGGCUCCGCAUUGUCUGGUCCCGCAGCCUGCAUGCCACUGCUGAAAUAUUUGCUUCCCUGAAAGCUAAUCAGGAUGAACCCGACGAGGUCAAGGCAAUCCGAGUUGGUGUUCCUUCAGAAGAGGGUGUUAUUGAAAACGAUGUCAGAGCGGAGAACUACAACACGUCAGCGGUGGAAUUCUUGAGACGACUCCCGGGAGUGACAGAGUCAAACUACAGAGCCAUAAUGGACGGGUGCAAAAGCUUGGCAGAUCUCUGUCUCCUCCCUGUGGAGAGACUUGCUGAGCUUAUGGGCGGCCUCAAAGCUGCCAAAACCCUCAGGGAUUUCAUUGAUGCCAAAUACCCAACCUUGCUUUAGCUCUCACUCUCCCUCACAUUGUUUCUUCACAACUCUUCAUCAAAAUUUCGCCCCCAUCGUUGACAAAAAUGCCCCCGCCCCUCCUUUUUUUUUGAAAAAUGCUAAUUUAACUCUAGAUUGUCUCUGAUAAGCCAUCCUCUAUGAAACACCGGUGGCUUCAAAUUCAGUGUCAUCCGUGGUGUGACGGUUACUGUUUCAUUUUUAUCCCAACUCUCCCUCACAUUGUUUCUUCACCAUUCUUCAUCCAAAUUUCGCCUCCAUUGUUGACAAUAAUGCCCCUAAUUUAACUCUAGAUUGUCUCUGGUAAGCCAUUCUCUAUGAAACACCGGUGGCUUCAAAUUCAGUGUCAUCCGUGGUGUGACGGUAACCGGACCUUUUUCAUCCCACCUCUUGGCUUCGAGCGUUUGACCGGGCACAACAUGAAAAUCACCUCUCAUUGGGAGUUUGAUUGGUAUUAGCAACUCUAAAUCAGGUGCCCCAGUUUAAGUGAUUCUUAAUAAUUGUUUAAUUGUAGA